AACAUUAUUAUCAUUAUUUGUCCUUUCAUUGUUAUUUAUUUCUUUGUUUUUUUAAAGAAAAAAAAUAAUAAAGAUUUAUUUAUAGAAAAAAAAUAAUUUAAAAAAAAAUAUAAAAAUAAAAAUAAUAAUAAAAAAAAAAAAAUGCAUAUAUUAAAGUGUUUAUUGGUAUUUUGUAUGAUCUAUAUAACUGUUGCUAAAGCCAAAUAUUAUGGUGCCGAAUAUCAAGAAUUGAAGUGUCCAACCAACAGUAAUCAACUUUGCCCAGUUUACAAAAUCUACGAGCUUGGUUCCAACAACAAUGCUUUUAAAUUAGAUUUUGCAAAUUAUCAAAAUAGAUUGGGUAAGAAUUUCAACCCAUAUGAAAUUAUCGUAAGUGGUAGCUUUGUCGACGGUUAUUUCCAAAUGGACCAAGUAUUUAGAAUGAUGGUACAUCCAGGCAGAGCUUUUGAAUACUCUAACAAUGAUAAAUUCUAUACAAUUAAAAACGACACUAUUAUCCAAUUAAAUAGUGACAUCAACAAAAUAGGUAUUGAAUCAAUGUUUAACACCUAUAAAGAUGAUAUCCCAUUCUUCCAUAAUGAAUGGUUAAAUUUAAAACUCUCAUCUGGAGAUUCAGUAUACACAACCAUUAGUAACCACAUUGAUAAUGGUGCUGGUCAAGUUCAAGUCGAUUAUGUUUGGGUCAGUAUCCCAGAUGUUCCAAAAUGCUUGAAACAAAACGACGGUUGUCAAUUCCCAUUCAUUCUUCAACCAACCUACGAAAGAGAUGCUAAUCGUUGUUUAAUCUUCAAAGGUUGUGUUAGAAUUCUUAAAAACCCAUUUUGUAUUUUAGAAACAGAUAUCAAAGGUUGUCCAGCAGGUUACAAAAAAGUUUCUUUCUCUAAUAAAGAUGGUUGUUCUAAAAACUAUUGUGAUCCAUCAUUUUUAUAA